AUGGAGAAACACACAGAUAUACAACUAUUAAAAAUAAAGAGUUCUAUUUCUCUAGAUGAAAAUAGUUCUCCAGUCCCAAUAGAUACAAAGGAAAUAAAAAAAAAAUCCCAAAAAAAAAAAGAAAAAAAGAUUAAAUAUAAAUCCCGAGUUAAAUGGACACAACAAGAAAUAAAACUAUUGAUAGAUGGAAUAAAUAAUUAUGGAUUAUCUAACUGGUCAAAAAUUAUACAUUCGUAUAGUUUCCCAGAAUAUAGGUUUUUUUAUUUAAAAAAAAAAGAAAAAAGAAAUUAUGUUUAG